AUGGACGCUUCACGGAGCAAACCGUCCAGUUCGUCGAGUCAUUCACCUAGUCCGGCUCCUGUUGUAAGUGUUUUUCCUCUAAAUCCAUCAAAAUCGAAAAUAUCCGACAGAAAAUGCCGAAAAUAGUGCAAAACGUCCAAAGAAAUUAUCAGAUUGUGACAUUUCGAACGUGCGAAGGGCAAAUACUCAUCAAACGCGUAGAAAAACGUUUCUGUCUAAAAAAGUUGUCGAUAUCAAUUCAAUUUAACCUGCCUUAGCCAAUUAUAACCCAUUUUCUUCUUUUUUCAGACAGGAUCCGAGCGGAAAACACGAGAUUCGGGUCUGUGCCAAACAAGUGACAUUCCCGAGAUUCCGUCGUUUUGCAUCGACAACCUGAAUAGUAUUCGGCUGGGAAGAGGCACUUAUGGAGUCGUCGAGAAAACGAGAUAUCGAAAAUCCAGGAAUCAUGAGUUUGGGUGCGUGAAAGACCGCUUAAAAAGUUUAUUGUAAAUGUUUUUGACACGAAAACUACUAAGAAUUUAUACAAAUCGACUUAUUCUGCUGAUUUUUCAGACCUGCGGCUAUCAAAUACGCGAAUGACUCGCCGAGCAAUAUUAUCGUUCUGAUUCGAGAGGCCAAAGUGAUGAUGUCACUCCGAGAUCAUCCGAACGUUAUCAAGUACUCCUUUUUCACUCGAAAAUCCUGUAGAAAUAAUAUAAUUUACAGAAUUUACGGGUUGUACCAUUGUCCGCGUAACGGGCGAGGAGUAGUGAUGGAGCACAUGGAUUGCGGAUCGAUGGCUGAUUGUGAGGGCGCUUUCUGAGCGCAUUCUUUGAUUCGAAACGUAAACUUUCAGUGAUUUACCUUCGAAAAAGUAUCAAUUACACGAUAGACCACUUCGCCACGUGGAUGCGUCAGCUUUCGUCUGCUGUCGACUUCUUUCACGUCAACGAUCAGGUUCAUCGGGAUCUGAAACUGCAGAAGUAGGUCUUCAUGUCUUCUUACUUUUUUCUCAACACAGUUCGUUCAGUAUGCUUCUCUGCGAUCGCUACCGAACAAUGAAGCUGUGCGACUUCGGAACCUUCACCUCAAUGCACCAAUCGAUGACCUCCAACCGAGGCACCCCGAUCACAAUGGCGCCAGAAAUCUUCCGCUGCGAACCGUACAACACGAAAUCCGACAUCUACAGUAUCGGCAUAAUCAUGUGGCAGGUCCUCGCGCGUAGCCAUCCGUACAAUCAGAAUCUCUCGGUGCCCGGAUUGCUGUACAACGUGGCGACGACCAAUCUGAGACCGCCCGAAUUGCAGUGCAAUCCGAUCCUUUCCUCGUUUUAUAAAAAGUGCUGGCAUAACGAUCCGGAGGAGCGACCCACUUCGUCACAGUGCGUCGAGUAUUUCGAAUGUCUGGAAAAUGUAAUUAGUUACUCAAUUUGAAAACUGAUUUUGCUGAUCAUGUUACUUUUCAGGAGUACCCGAACGGCACCGAGCCUCUGUCUGAUUCGACGACGAACGGACCCGCCCACACCCCUCAGCCACGCGCUCUCCGUCCGUCGCCUCCGUUCGGAACGGCGAGCGGAUCCGGUUCUCACGGACGUACACCGACUCCCUCGAAUCGUCUGCACGCGCCAACACCCGAACGGAAAACGCACCGACGGACGGGCAGUGAUCAGACGACGAUCGGACUGAACGUACCUUCCUCCGCGUCGGUCUCGUCGGCGUCAGUCCAGCCGGCGGUCAAAGGAACGAGGUCGAAGAGUGUAGCGUCAGAUUUGCACAAUGCGGCCGCAAAUGGGCACAGGUUGGUGAAUGAAUGAGCAGAAUUGCGAAAGAAACGAGAGGCUCGGUGUUGCGAAAUAGUCACAUGGAUUUCUCGUUUUGCAGGUCACCACACAGAGAUGCGCCCCCGCCGCCCGGAGUCCGGAGGAAGAGCAGCGACGAGAAUCGGAUGGCGUUCCUCUCGAUUAUGGGUGAUCACGAGCUGAGGGUUAGAUUUAUUGCGAUAUGGAUUUCACAGAUUUCAACGUUUUUAGCCAAUCGAACCAGAUGAAAGUGACCUGACGUCCCUGCAAAUCUACAAUGAACACUGUCAAGAAUGCGAAGCGCUCGUUGACGUCAUCGAUUUGAAAAAGGAAAUCAUGAUUAAAAAGUGAGCCAACGCCCUCCUGAAUGCGUGAAAACACAACCUUUGCAGACACGAAGCACUGAGCUUGUGGUCGAAACACGAAAAGCACGCGGAGCUGCUCGAACGGAUGCACUAUCUGGAGCAGAUGAUCGGGCGAAUCGAGCGAAACAGCGCGUCGACCGACGACGAAAUUGCAUUCCACACCGAGCGAAUGUAA